CCAAUAUUCUUUCUAGGGUUUUUGUAAAUGCAAAAAUCAAUGGAAGCUCCACCAUCAAAAACCGAUCCAAUGAUCACCGAACAAGAUGACGAAUCUUCAACAGCGCUAACAAUCCUGGAUGUCAGCAGCUAUCAGCUCCACGAUCUCGACUCAGUCGAGUUCCCGCCCAGCCUCGUCGAGAUCGAUUUAACAGCCAAUCGAUUGAAUAAGUUAGAUUCACGUAUCUCUAAUUUAUCUCAUCUCAAAAAGCUUUCUCUUCGUCAAAAUCUCUUCGAUGAUGCCGGCGUUCAACCUCUUUCCAGCUGGACCUCCAUUUCCGCCCUCGAGGAGUUGGUUCUCAGGGAUAACCAGUUGAAGACUAUUCCCGAUGUCAGUAUAUUUGAAACCCUUUUGGUAUUUGAUGUUUCCUUUAAUGAAAUAUCAUCGAUGAGUGGACUGUCCAAGGCAUCAACCACACUCAAGGAACUCUAUGUCUCUAAAAAUGAAGUUGCCAAGAUCGAGGAGAUUGAGCACUUCUCUGAAUUGCAAAUUCUUGAACUUGGUUCCAACAGAUUACGGGUGAUGGAGAAUAUGCAGAACUUGACCAAGUUACAGGAGCUAUGGUUAGGUCGCAAUCGUAUAAAGUCCAUCAACUUAUGUGGAUUAAGAUGCAUCAAGAAGCUCAGUUUGCAAAGCAAUCGACUAACUUCUAUGAAAGGGCUAGAGGAAUGUACUGCCUUGGAAGAAGUAUACUUGAGCCAUAAUGGUAUAGCAAAAAUGGAGGGCCUAUCAAGGUUGGCAAACCUGCGGGUCUUGGAUGUUUCUUCAAAUAAACUUGCAGCAAUCGAGGAUAUUGAGAAACUGACAUGCUUAGAAGAUCUAUGGUUUAAUGACAACCAGCUAGCAUCUUUAGAUGGCAUUGCUGAGGCAGUUUCUGGUUCGAGAGAGAAGCUCACCACUAUUUACCUUGAACACAAUCCAUGUGCCAAGUUGUCGGACUAUGUGACUACUCUGAGACAAAUCUUCCCAAAUGUUGAGCAAAUUGAUUCUGAAAUGUUUUGUUAGGUUAGAUACUUUCAGUUUUUCCAAGUUCAGGACCACAAUUAUAUUGAUGCUGGAAGUCUAUAUUGGAAUCGGUGAUAAUUAUCAGAAUUAUGUUUGGAUGACCGAGUUCUCGUAUGAUGAUUCUGUAUAAUUACUGUGGAAUCAUAGAUAGAAGCUCAUUGACAUUAUCCUUUUCCUUAAAUGAAGACUACAAGAUGUUGAAAGAGUUACCCAGCAUUCAAACAAUUAUUACUUGGUUGUCAUUUUUUCUUUUUUGCUGCAAACCAACUGUUCUUGUAAAACAUAUGUUGACAAUUAUGGUCUUUUUGGUUUUGGGUAAAAAGUUACAUAUGAAUGUAAAGAAGUUAUCUUUAUGUUCAAA